AUGGAGUUAGGUCCAUUGGCAACAAAUAAUGAACUCAGACGUCAACUUUACGUGACGGAAGACACGAUUGACGGAUUGGAUGAAGUAAAUAGUAAACUUAAAUCAAUUUUUGAUAAGGGGAGGAAAGUCCUAUCAAACUGGCCAGUCACCACCCGAGAAAAAAGAUGGGUGGAAUUUAAUAAAAGAAUGAAAGAAUUGGGCGUUAGAGCCCUGAGCCAGCAAAUAUCCCAAAAAUUAAAACUAUGGAAAAAACGAAGAUGGCUAUUACACGAUAGACUACAAAUACCACAACCCGAAGAGCACACUGAAGAAGAGGUGCAAAAUCCGCAACUUUACAUGACGAUCGAUCGUAUAGCACUGAACGAAACUAAUAGAACAUUCCCCUGUCGCUUCUGCGACAAUCAGCACCGAUCAAUAAAAUGCCGAACUUUUAAUACUGCAGAAGAAAGACGCGUUAGGGCGUCAGAAAGAAGAAUAUGCUUUAUAUGCCUACAGCAAGGCCAUGAGCAUAAAAAUUGUAGCCGUAGACGAGAUUGUGCCUUUUGUGGCAACUCACAACAUAACGCAGCGUUCUGCGAGAAAUUAUUCAAGAAUACCGACGAAGAAGAAUAUUUAGAAAAUAAUGAAGAAUAUUUAGAAAAUAAUGGCGAUAAGGCCAUCGCCGACCCGAAGAAAGAAGAAAUAAUUGAAAAUGCCAUGCCUUUCCAAAAGUCAAACCCUUUAAUCUGUAAGGAUGUAACAGUAAAAACCCCAAUAAUUUCCCUUGGCGUUGGUGCCACUAAUUUGAAUACUUUGUCGAACAUAACAAACGCCAAUGUUUUUCAAUUUAUGGAGCUCCAACAUCAAAGAACCCUUAGAUGGAUUGAGGCUACCACGGCCAUUCCAACUCAAAAAUUUAUUAUGUCAGAAAAUAUAAGGGAUUUAGUCCCAGAACAUAAACCCGUAAGGACGUUAGAGUUCUACACACCCCCAAACCAAAACUCGAUAGAGACGAAGGAGCGGGUUGGGCCGCAAACUGAAGUAUCUACGGAAAUAUACUUGAAGAACCGAAACAAUAAUGAGAAAAAUAUUGAAUUAUCGACUAGUGUGCUCUUGGAACAGCGAGUAAAAUUGGAGAAAGUAAGAAGGAGUCUAAUAGCCCAUCCUAAGAUUUUAAAAAGAAAAACAAAUAGUCGUCCCCGGAAAAGUGAAUCAGAAGAGAAUAGGAGGUUGCUCGCUAAUAAAACGAUUCCGGUUAGGCAGAAAUCAAACCACCCAAAUAAUUUAAAACAGAAAAAGCGCGUUGGGGCGCAAUUAAAAUUGAAAAAUUAUAGUAAGCCGUUAGAGGCUAACUCACCAAUUGUAUUUCUCUGUGACGAGAGAGCGUUAGAGCUCCGAAACGUCAUAAAGGAAGAAAACCUAAGAGGUUUGGUGUUCGAACCAUCCUCGUGGGAUUCACAAUUAUUCCGAAAUCAAAUAUUACUAAGAAAAGUCGACACAUUAGUAGUUUGGAAACAAUCCAUAGAUAAAGGACUGUUGGAAGUCCUAAGAGAAGCAAAUUCCCUUAAAAGUGUUGUACGAAAAAUAAUUUGGAUCGUGCCGUUAGAAGGCAUCGAAAUACCAAGCUUAAAAAACAUUACAGCGGUUAGAAAGCCUACAAAAAUCCAGUCAUUAUUAAUUAAAUUAGCAAUCUUGGGAACACCCUUAAUGACAAGAGAGACAAAGGAAAAAUGUAUUCGUCCAAAAGAAAAAGAACCUCCGAGGGAAUUAAAUAUCCGGCACCCCAAAAGAAAAAAACGCCCGUUAGUGGGUGAAAAUAAAAAUUUAGAGACUUCUAGCCUUAAUAAAGAAGUUAAACAAAAUAUUUCUAAUAAAGCAGAAAAAAUGAUUUACUAUCAAAAUAAUUCGAAAAAGCACCAGUUGGAUGGUGCCAACAAACCCAGACUACACCGAGAAUUUUAUCCCUCUAAACGUUAUGGGACUAAAGAAAAUCGUUCUGGUCAAAAGGACCAACAGUGCUCGUUAGGGAGUUUAAGCAAUCAAUAUAGUCCCCGAACCUUUUACCCUAGCAAAUUAAAUCAUCAAGAAUUGUAUUUAAAUUCAAAAAUCAAAAACCGCCCGUUAGAGGGUACAGCAAAAAAUUUUCGAUUCUAUCGUGAAUUUUAUCCCAGUAAACAUUCAUCUGGCGUUAGGGCCAAUAAUAUUAAGGUUAGCAAUAUGGAUCAAUCACACAGAAAUGAUGGAUUGGACAAUGGCAUGCAACAAAAAUCAUGGAACUUGGCAACGUCGAUGUCAGGAAAUAAUUGGUUUGGAGAAAAAUGA